UUUGCCUUCAAAACAGGCAGCUCCUUCUGUACAACCGCCAGUCACAAAGAGGGAUUUGGUUUCGCGAUUCGCUAUGUAAUACCGGUGCUCUUCAACAAAACUUCAAGACUGAAUCCACAUCCUCAUCUCCACAUGUAUGGAGGACUGCAAUAUGAUAAAGACGUAACAGAUAUUGGUUUUGGCAUGUUCGUUUGUCUUCUUCGAACUGCCUACAGAGCAAAUGAAAAUCCAUUUACGAAUGGAUAUCUCACAACGAUCACAACAGUGGAUGGUUCAACUCCGGAGCCACCUGCAACUGGAAUGGAUUUCUCGCAGAUGUAUUACGAGCUCCCUUUCAUGGUAUUACUCGAAAUUAGCUAUAUGAAAGAACCUGGACACGAACAAAAACUGAUUUCUUACCAACCCUCUAAGUGUGCGGAGACGGCGAAAUGGUGGGCUUCCGAAGGUUAUUACAAGCUCGACACAGAAACGGAAGAAUGGACUCCUGUAUACUACUAUCCAAUUAAUACUGAUUUUUACUAUUGA